GAGAGGCUGCACGGGACAGGAACACACCGGUCGGACUUGAAAGUUGUGAGGAUGGAGAUCCGUCCGGACCGCUUCAAGGCUCAGGCUGGAAAAACCUUGGGGAAAAUACACAGAAUCCUCGAGAAAAGGCAGCAAAAUGGCGAGACCAUCGAGUUGUCGGCAGAGGGUCGUCCUGAGCUGGUGGAGGAGAAGGAACUUCCCGUCGUGGACUGCACGUGUUUCGGGAUGCCGCGCCGUUAUAUCAUCGCAAUCCUGUCGGGACUGGGAUUCUGCAUUUCCUUCGGCAUCCGCUGUAACCUGGGCGUGGCCAUCGUCAGCAUGGUCAAUGAUCACACCAUUUAUCAAGGGAAAAAACCUGUAAUAGUGGCUGCUCAGUUCACAUGGGAUCCAGAGACGGUGGGGAUGAUUCACGGCUCGUUCUUCUGGGGGUAUAUCGUCACGCAAAUCCCUGGGGGAUUCAUCUGUCAAAAAUUUGCUGCAAACAGGGUAUUUGGCUUCGCCAUUGUGGCCACGUCGACCCUAAACAUGCUGAUCCCAGCAGCAGCAAGAGCUCACUACGGGUGUGUUAUCAUGGUCAGGAUAUGCCAAGGGCUUGUGGAGGGUGUGUCAUAUCCUGCCUGCCAUGGGAUCUGGGCCAAAUGGGCACCACCCUUAGAAAGAAGUCGACUGGCUACAACAGCAUUUUGUGGAUCAUAUGCUGGAGCUGUUGUUGCAAUGCCUUUGGCUGGAGUCUUGGUACAGUACACUGGCUGGUCUUCAGUGUUUUAUGUGUAUGGUGUUGUAGGAAUUUUCUGGUAUCUCUUCUGGAUUUUGGUGUCCUAUGAGAGUCCAGCAGCUCACCCGACCAUCACACCAGAAGAGAGGAAAUACAUUGAGGAGGCCAUCGGGGAAACCUCCGGCCUGGUCAACCCCCUUCAGAAAUUUAAGACUCCCUGGCGGCACUUUUUUACCUCUAUGCCUGUGUACGCCAUCAUCGUGGCCAACUUCUGCAGAAGCUGGACGUUCUACCUGCUCCUCAUCAGCCAGCCUGCCUACUUCGAGGAGGUGUUUGGCUUUGAAAUAAGCAAGGUGGGCAUGGUGUCUGCACUUCCUCAUUUAGUGAUGACCAUCAUAGUACCUAUUGGAGGGCAACUAGCCGAUUACCUGAGAACGCACAAUUUAAUGUCCACAACCAAUGUCCGCAAACUCAUGAACUGUGGAGGGUUUGGAAUGGAAGCCACUUUACUCUUAGUUGUUGGUUUCUCGCAUACCAAAGCUGUUGCCAUUACUUUCCUUGUUCUCGCUGUUGGCUUCAGUGGCUUUGCAAUUUCAGGGUUCAACGUGAAUCAUCUUGACAUUGCUCCACGUUACGCCAGUAUCCUGAUGGGAAUCUCCAACGGUGUGGGCACUUUGUCAGGAAUGGUGUGUCCUCUCAUUGUUGGAGCGAUGACCAAACAUAAGACACGUGAGGAGUGGCAGUAUGUUUUUCUCAUUGCAUCGAUGGUGCAUUAUGGGGGUGUGGUGUUUUAUGGGAUCUUUGCAUCAGGUGAGAAGCAACCAUGGGCAGAUGCGGAGGAUACCAGCGAGGAGAAAUGUGGCAUUCUGGGAGAGGAUGAACUGGCCAAUGAAACAGAAGAGCUGUACAGGACUGGUGGACAGUAUGGAGCUAUAAACAAACCGCAUAAUGUUGGUCCAAAUGGGGGCGGAGGUGGAAGUGGGGCAGGAUGGGUAACAGAUUGGGAUAAAACAGAAGAAUAUGUUCAACCAGUUGGGACAAAUAGUUAUUUAUAUGGAGGUGAGGGAGAGAGGGAGAUCACAUAGUAGGUGCAUCAGAUUUUAAAUGGUGUAGAUACUAAAGACUGAAUCAAGAAGUUAAAGGAAUAAUAUUAAGAUAAAAUAAAUAGUCUAUAUAAUUAAAUAAUCUAAAUACAGAGUAUAAUGUGAUUUGAGUGAGUGAGUGAGUGAGCGAGCGAGCGAGUGAGUGAGCGAGUGAGUCUGUUAGUUUGUGUUGAAAAGAAUGUAUGUGUUUUUAAACUUAUCAGAUUGGGUUGCUUCUCUUGAUCAUAAAUCACACUUUGUGCGUGUUUACAGUUGAGAUAUUUAUUUGUCAGUUUGAAAAAACAGCAUUAUGAAAAUAAAAAGAUACUCAUGGCUUUAUUUGAGGUUCCUCAGAAGCCACACCCCACUAAGGGAAUUUAUCAUUCUUAGUUCCUCUUAAAACAGUUUCAACCGUAACCUUAUCAAAAAGUAAAGAUUUUCGGGCAUUUGUGCUAGAAUGCCAAAAGAGUCCUUACAAUUUUUUUAUCUGAGGAUCCCACAAAAAAUGCCUCAUGAAUCUUUGAUUUUGUCAGUAAGUUAAUAAACACAGAGUAUAUGAGCUUUUGUGUAUGUACAAGUUGAGUGUAUGUGCGUAUAUUUUUCCUAUAUGUGCUCAUGUUCCUCUUGUUUUAUCCAGUGCUUUACAUUUUAAAUGGGUGCAAGCAAACCUAUGGAUGUGUCUUCUUAUAUUUGUGUACAUAGUUUGCUUAAUUGUGUGUAUGUGAGAUGAAAUGACCUACUUCCUCAUCACUGGGUCAGUGCACAAGUGAUGAUUUUUGUUCUCUGAUGUAAAAUGUUAAUCAUUCUAGCUAGCACAAGCUUACAUGUGAUACACAGAUGUGGUACACACAGGGUCCAUACAUCUGUAGCUUUGGUUUGUUUUAUGCACGUUGGAGGUUUAUGUUACCGUCAGGCAAGCCCCAUAUGAGUAUAUAUUCAGACACAAUCGCAGAAACAUCAGAAAAUCCAUUCGCAAGAAUAAGUGCUGAGAAUCUAGACGAUAGAAAGUUGAGAAUAAGUAUUUUGAUUUUGAGAGACUAUUCAAUAAGAGCGCAUUAUGUGAGCUGAAGGAUCUCUAAUCUGAUGUUUUUGUAUUUUUCUUCCAUGUUUCUCUCCUAAAUAUUGAUAUAUUUUUUAAAUGUAACAAAAUAUAAACAACAUCAAGAUGAGAUACAUUACUUUUUUCCCAAAUUUAGAUUUUUUUGGGGGGGAAUAAUUUACAAAAUGUACAAAAUGUAUAUGUCAAAAUUCCUUGUGUACAAUAAAAGAGAAAACU